GAACUUGUUGGAGCUCCCCCUCGCUUUAGCUGCUGAAUGGAGAACGUCACUCACACCGUUCGUUCCCUUCCUGUGCUGGGCCGGUCGUUAACUACCUACUUGCCAACCGCCCUCCUCACUCCUCACCGAAAAUAUUCCCCCACAACGGCACAGACUGGACGAGCACUUCUGCCACUACGUGUUGCGCUCCUGUCGACUCCGACAUCUCCCGUUGGGUAGCUUGUAAAUUGGAAGGAAGAGCUCGCCCCCCCUCGAGUCGGAUCGAAUCGAAUCACCAUAACAGCCCGCUGCUUCUUACAUGGCGCUCCUGCAGAGGUUGGGAGCUUCUUCACUGCGCUUCUCUCCCAGCGUCUCAUUGAUAGUGGCAAGAAGCGCGUCGACCAUGGCGCCCAAGCUCAGAGACCCGUCGCUGCUCAAGCAUGACGUCUGCUACAUCAAUGGCGAGUGGAAGCCUGCCGGUUCUGGCAAGACCUUUAAUGUCAACGAUCCGUCAUCUGGUGAGCUCAUCGGCACCUGCGCCGAGUGCGACGUCGAGGACACCAAGUCGGCCAUCCGCGCCGCCGCCGACGCCUUCAAGACGUUCCGCACCACCACCGGCCGCGAGCGCGCGAAGCUGCUGCGCAAGUGGUACGACCUCAUGGUCGAGAACUCGGAGGACAUCGCCAAGCUCAUCACCUGGGAGAACGGCAAGCCCUUUGCCGACGCCAAGGGCGAGUCCGCGUACGCGGCCAACUUCUUUGAGUGGUUCAGCGAGGAGGCGCCCCGGAGCUACGGCGACACCAUCCCCGCCACCGUCCCUGGGAACAGAGUGUGGACCAUCAAGGAGCCCGUUGGAGUCUGCGGUCUCAUCACGCCGUGGAACUUCCCCGCCGCCAUGAUAACGAGAAAGGUUGGCCCUGCCCUGGCGGCCGGAUGCACCGUCGUCUGCAAGGCCCCUGGCGAGACCCCCUUCACAGCUCUGGCGCUCGCUGAGCUUGCCCACCGCGCCGGCAUCCCCAAGGGCGUCGUCAACGUCAUCACUACUCUGUCCAACACUCCGGCCAUCGGCGAGGUUCUCACCACCGACCCCGCCGUCAAAAAGGUCUCCUUCACCGGCUCGACCGGCGUCGGCAAGCUUCUGAUGAAGCAGUCCUCGAGCACCCUCAAGAAGCUGUCCAUGGAGCUCGGUGGCAACGCGCCCUUCAUCGUGUUUGACGAUGCCGACAUCGACGUGGCCGUCGCCGGCGCCAUCGCCUCCAAGUUCCGCUCGUCCGGCCAAACUUGCGUCUGCGCCAACCGCAUCUACGUGCAGGCCGGCAUCUACGAUGAGUUUGUGCGCAAAUUCGCCGAAAAGGUUCAGGGAUUCAAGGUCGGCCACGGCUUCGCCGACGGCGUCACCCACGGCCCCCUCAUCCACGACCGCGCCGUGUCCAAGGUCGAGGCCCACGUCAAGGACGCCGAGAGCAAGGGCGGCAAGCUCGUCAUCGGCGGCCAGCGGAUGCCCGACCUCGGCUCCAACUUUUACCAGCCCACGGUCAUCCGCGACGCCACCCCUGCGAUGGCUAUUGCCUCGGAGGAGACGUUCGGCCCCGUGGCUGCGCUCUUCCCCUUCAAGACGGAGAAGGAGGUGGUGGACAUGGCGAACAAUGCCGAGGUCGGCUUGGCGGGAUACUUCUUCUCCCGCGACCUGCAGCGGGUGCACCGCAUCGCCGAGGCGCUCGAGGUCGGCAUGGUCGGCAUCAACACGGGCAUCAUCUCGGAUCCCGCCGCGCCGUUUGGAGGUGUCAAGGAGAGCGGCUUCGGCCGUGAAGGGUCCAAGUAUGGCAUCGGCGAGUACCAGAUCACCAAGAUGAUUACCUACGGAGGCAUGGGACAGCCGCUCCAGAGCUGAGGGAGGGGUUUGUUCCUUUUGGCAGGGAGCAUGUGCCGGUUGUAGUGGCAUAGGAAAAAAACUAAAAGACGUUCAAGUAAUUCGCUAGUCACUGUUCACGCCGACUUUUUGUCCCUGACGGUAAUCUUCGUGCAGUCUCAGCGACAUUCAAGGACUGCUGAUUUCGAAGGCUGCGAGCCUGG